GAUGGGGGAUCAGAUCAUUCUGCAGAUAAGGAACUUGCCGAACGGAAGUCGGCACCAAAUGCCGGCAAGAAGAUGAUGUCAUAAAUGUCAUCAGCUGGAGGCACACAAUCACCGCCUCUUGAAUAUACAGAUUCGCAUAGGCCUAUGGGGGUUUCUUCUAUUGAUGGUAGUGUCUCGGAGCCAAUGUUGGAUGCGGAGCAACGAAAGACUUAUUUCGCUGAGCCGGAACCGGAAGAACGCGGAGGAAUGAAGGGGGUAGGGAAAGAGCAACGAAAGGAAUCCACGAAGGAGAAACAGUGAUUGCUAACGUUGAUGAUCAUGGGAACGCGAUUAGUUCAUGAAUCAAAGCCU